GGCUUUGUUAUGCUAAUGUCUGGGUAUAAAAUGAGGAGCAGCUCCUCCAGAGACAUCAGAGCUAACCCUGCUGUCCAGAAGAAGACAUGGCUCCCUGUUCCAGCAGCUACUCCUCCAUGCACCACAUGAGGAUCUCUGAGAAGGACAACAUCAAACUCAGGAAACCCAUCGUGGAGAAAAUGCGCAGAGAUCGCAUCAACAGCUGCAUCGAGCAGCUCAAAGUCAUCCUGGAGAAAGAGUUCCACAAGCAGGAGCCCAACUCCAAGCUGGAGAAAGCCGACAUCCUGGAGAUGACCGUGAACUUCCUGAGGCAGCAGCUGCAGGCGGGCGUCUGUCAGGGCGACUACAGCCAGGGCUACUCCCACUGCUGGAGGGACUCCAUGCGCUUCCUCUCCAGCUCCGAGGCCUCGGUUCCUCCUCUGCAGGGCCUCCAGAGACAGGACCAGAAGCUGCAGCAGGUCCAGAGAGGCAGCAGCUCCAGCAGAGGCCCGGUGUGGAGGCCCUGGUAGAGACUCUGUAGACCUGAGGGGCUUCAUGCUCUCUCACUGUGUAGGAAAUCUGUUUCCAGCCUGCUCUUCUACAGCAGGUCUCCUUACUGUCUCAUCACAUUGAUGGACAAAGUCGAAGUGAAGGAUCUCACUCAUUUGAAGAUGCCUUGACUCCUUACAUUUCCUUUAACUCUCGUGUCGUCCUGCGGGUCAAAUUGACCUGUUUUAAAGUUUGAAAAUGUGGGAAAAAGUAUAUUUUCACAGUGAAACUUCUGAUGUCCACGUUUUCAACAUUUUUGGGAAACAAAAUAACAAAAACAUGAGACAAAUGAAAAGAAAAGACAAAAAACAAGACAAAACACAACAAAAAGGAGACUAAAUGACAAAAAAUGACAAAAACGAGAGAAAUGACAAAAUCCAGCCAAAAAAAAACAACAAAAAUGAGCCACAAAAUGACAAAAACUAGACAAACGAUACAAAUAAAAACAAAAAAGAAACACAUUUUUUAAAAAACAUUUUUUGGUGGAAAAAAGAAAUGCUAAAAGAAAUGUUUCUUUAAGAACAUUCACAAAAAAAUUAACCAAAAUGCAGAGAAUUUCACAGAAUUUUGGUUGAUUUUAAUGUGAAUGUUCUUAAAGAAAAUAUUCUAAGUUUUACUGAUAUAUAUGGAAUCACUUGAGAUAUUUUUAGGAUUUUUUUGGAAGAUUUUUACUCAUUUUUUGAAAAUAUUUACAAGAAUUUUCUUGCCAAAUUUGGGGGAUUUUUUUUUUUUUAAAUAAAACUUUAAUGGAAAAUUUUAAGGAAUUAUUGGAAUUUUCUUCCUGAAGGUUUUGCAAAUUUUCAGAAAUUUGGGGAAUAUUUUUGCUGAAUUUUUGCAUUUUUUUCAGACAAGGAAACAAUAUUUUUUGGUAAAUGAGGACAACAGGAGGGUUAAAGCUGGAGGUUGAUUCUGAGUGACGACGGUUUCUGUCAGAUUUUGUGAAGCGAUUGUUUACUCCAGUGGAGUUUAUCUGAGGACUGCUUGAUGUACCAGUAUCUACUGUGUUCUGUUGAGAAUAUUUCUCUCUAUUCUGAAUUAUCUAUGCCAAAUGUCAUGUGUGAGGAUGACGGUGUGUGUUUGUGUGUGGAUGUGGGUGUACAUAUUAACAUUUUAGUGAUGUUCAUGUUGCUGUUUUGCUAUCACAUUUAGGCUCUUAAAACCAACUCUUUUUUUAAAGUUUGUAUGACAAUUAACAAUAAAAAGACACAAUCAUUGAUAAAAAACUUGAAUAGUUGAUUUAUUACAUGUAUGUUUUGCUGUUUUAUAGAAUUAGAAUAUAGGAAAUGUUGAUAUCAGCAACAUCUGGCACUUUAUCGGAGAAGAUUGUGUGACGUUUGGGAUGAAUAUUAAAAUGUUUUUAAACAUAAAUAAUACAGAAAAGCCAUACAUUGACUUAAAAUAGUAACAUAGACAUUUCUCCUCUUACAUAUUAGGAAACCAUUAUUCCACGACUAAUUGCAGGAAAACAAACUCAUUAAGGCACAAGCAGAGUAAGUGAUCAAAUUUUCACUUCAAUCUCAACAAAGCUUUAGAUGACAGAAGAGAAAGAUUUGUUGGGAUUGGUGGAUUUACACACAAGAAUUUGAAAUUUAUCUUCAUUUGAUGUAACAAAUGAAGAUAAAUGACGUUAAGGAAAGUUGUAAUAUUAGAAUUUAAUCAUUUACUUCAUGAGGAGGUGCUGUUUGUCCCCUAAAGGGAGGCGUGUCCUGACCAUGUGACUGUGUCUCCUCCCUCUAAGUCAUAUUGUUUUUUGGAAAGCAUACAUGCUCCUUGUCUGUUUUAGAAAUGAUUUUCAGAUUUUGCUGAUCAUUUUUAAAGCUCGUCAAGCCACAUCUGUGAUCUGUUGACCUCUUAUGAUCCCGCUGGCAGCCUUAGAUCCUCAGGUGGAUCCUUCAGGUCGUUCCAAAGUCGAGACUUGAAUCUUCCUCCAUCAGGACCUCGACUUCGGAAGGACCUGCCUGAGGAGAUCAGACCUGCAGAGUCACUAACUGCUUUUAAAUCACUUCUUAAAACCCACUUUUAGAGACUUGCUUUUAUGUGAAAUUAACUUUUAGCUUUUAUUAGUUUUCAUGUUUUUCUGUAUUCGUGUACUAUUUACCUGCUUAUCUUAUCUUGGGAAAUUUAAUGUUUGAGUUUUUCAUAUCAGACAUUAAGUAAUCUUCAUUUGCAGAACCAUAUAGAAGAUCAUAAAACAUACAUAAAUCCAUAUUAUAGUAAUGUGGACGAAAGCUGAAACAACUGGUUUAUUAAAUAACAUUCAAUACUUGAUUCAUGCAGGUUAUUUACGACACUAAAACCCAAAUAUGUUUCCUGUAAUCAGCUUCUGAGAGAUAAAUCUGUAUCAUUUUAUUUUGAAUAUCUUUGGGGUGUGCAAAAUAAUAACAAUCUGCAGCUGUCAGUGU